AGUACAGAGAAUAUAGUAGAAUAAACUUAAAAUGGAACGUUGGUUGAAUCGAGUUGCCGUUGUGACUGGAGCCAGUUCUGGUAUUGGCGUUGCCUGCUGCAAGGAUCUGGUGGCCAAGGGAAUGGUUGUUGUUGGUCUUGCCAGACGUGAGGAGCGCCUACAAGAGUUGAAGGCUUCUCUGCCAGCUGAUCAGGCUAAACGUUUCCAUGGCCACAAAUGUGACGUCAGCGAUGAGAAGCAAGUGAUUGAGACCUUUGCAUGGGUGGAUAAGAAUCUUGGUGGUGCCGAUGUCCUGAUAAACAAUGCCGGCGUUAUGCCAACAACUGAAAUAACAAUCCCAGAUAACUCUGCGGUUCUUCGGUCAAUUCUGGAGACUAAUGUGCUUGGAGUAUCUUGGUGUACCCGUGAGGCAUUCCUCUCACUUCAACGCCGCAAGGUUAACGAUGGACAUGUGGUCAUCAUCAAUAGUGUUCUCGGGCACAAAGUGCCAGUGUUUCCAGGCGUUGGCUUUCACAUGUAUGCACCAUCUAAACAUGCAGUCACCGCCUUGACCGAAGUCCUGCGUCAGGAGUUCCAAAUCAAGGGAACUCAGACAAAAAUCACAAGCGUAAGUCCUGGUGGAGUUGACACUGAGAUGACCCAAAAGUUCAAGGAGUUUAGCCCCAAUUCACCUUUUUUGCGUCCUGAAGAUGUGGCCGAUGCGGUCACCUAUUGCAUUCAGACACCUCCAAAUGUGCAAAUCCACGAACUGACCAUUAAGCCUAUUGGCGAAAAAGCUUAAAGUAAAAGUAAAAUUUUAGAGCCAUAACCAAUUGACAAGUUGUUAAGUUAAUAUUUUUCUUUUUUAAAACUAAAUCGAUUCUACAUUUUUGUAGAACUACAUCUACUAACUACAUUUUUUGUAGAACUUAAAUAUAAAACUGAGUCCAAUA